AAGUGGUCCCACCGUGAACGAGUAGCCACCAAAUCGGGACAGCUCGAGUGAAUGGCAGUGAUGAUAACCAGCGAAUGAUUUCAAGUAUUUUCAUCCAGGACUACCAGCUGAAAAACACACGAGCCGAGGACCAAGUCACAAUUCCUGACACUUCCCAUUUGUGUAGAGGUCUGUUUCCAGCUAAACGUGGGGAAGCAUCGCAAGUUGAUUAAGAGAUAUAUUAUGAUGAAGCCCAGAUUAAGUGUUGUCUGCUUAUCCACAAAGUCUCAGUUAUUACCUUGAACUUGUGAGAAGAAGAGGAUGAUGAAAUGAGAUAAAGUGGACGUCUGGAGGAGACCAGCCCCCUCACCUCCACCUCUUUGAAGCAUGGCAGGCCUACAGCUUGUCACCCCUGCCACUUCACCCAUGGGGCCGUUCUUUGGUCUGCCUUGGCAGCAGGAGGCUAUCCAUGAUAACAUCUAUACACCUAGGAAAUAUCAGGUAGAACUUCUUGAAGCAGCUCUAGAACAUAAUACUAUCGUCUGCUUGAAUACUGGCUCAGGGAAGACCUUUAUUGCAGUACUUCUUACAAAAGAGCUCUCCCACCAAAUCCGUGGACAUUACCAAGAAAAUGCAAAGAGGACUGUUUUUCUGGUGAACACAGCUUUGUCUGUAGUUCAGCAAGCAGCUGCAGUCAGGACUCACUCUGACCUCCAAGUGGGAGAGUACACAGAUUUGGAGGAGACCUCAGCAUGGACAGUCCAACAGUGGAGUCAAGAGAUAAUCCAGAAUCAGGUGCUGGUCAUGACUUGCCACAUAUUCCUACACGUUCUGAGGAAUAAAAUCUUACCGUUGUCUAAAAUCAACUUGGUAGUCUUUGAUGAUUGUCACCUGGCCAUCACUGACCACCCUUACUGUGAGAUAAUGAAGCUAUUUGAGGACUGCUCGUGCAGUCCUCGUAUCCUGGGUCUCACAGCCUCCAUUCUGAAUGGAAAGUGUGAGCCGUCAGAACUGGAGCAGAAGAUCCAGAAUCUGGAGAGAAUCCUGAAGAGCAAUGCUGAAACUGCCACUGACCUUGUGGUCCUGGACAGAUACGCCUCCCAGCCUAGAGAAGUGGUGCUGGACUGUGGCCCCUAUGUGGAUAAGAGUGGCCUCUCUUCCUGUCUGCAGGCAGAGCUGGAUGAAGCUAUCCACUUCCUGGAUGACUGCAACAUAUGUGUUGCCAGAGAGGACCGUGAUCCCACAUUCAUCUCCAAACAGGUCCUGAGUGACUGCCGGGCCGUCCUGCAGGUCCUGGGACCCUGGUGUGCUGAUAAGGCAGCAGGCAUUAUGGUACGGGAGCUCCAGAAGUACAUCAAACAUGAGCAGGAGGAGCUCAACCGCAAGUUUCUGCUCUUCACCGACACCAUCCUUCGCAAGGUGCAUGCCCUCUGCGAGGAGCACUUCUCCCCCGCCUCGCUGGACCUCAAGUUCGUCACCCCCAAGGUCCUCCGGCUGCUGGAGAUCCUGCACGAAUACAAGCCCUUCGAGCGCCAGCAAUUUGAAAGCGUGGAGUGGUACAACAACCGCAACCAGGACAACUAUGUGUCCUGGAGUGACUCUGAGGAUGAAGACGAGGAUGAGGAGGUGGAGGCAAAAGAGAGGCCUGAGGCCAAUUUCCCCUCACCGUUCACCAACAUCCUGUGUGGGAUCAUCUUUGUGGAGAGACGUUACACAGCUGUGGUCCUCAAUCGUCUUAUCAAAGAGGCGGGGAAGCAGGACCCAGAGCUGGCUUACAUCAGCAGCAACUUCAUCACCGGCCACAGCAUUGGCAAGAACCAGCCGCGGAACAAGCAGAUGGAGGUGGAGUUCAGGAAACAAGAGGAGGUUCUCCGCAAAUUCCGGGCUCAUGAAACCAACCUGCUGAUCGCCACCAGCAUCGUUGAGGAAGGCGUGGAUAUCCCAAAGUGUAACCUGGUGGUGCGCUUCGACCUGCCCACAGAGUACAGGUCCUACGUCCAGUCCAAGGGCAGAGCUCGAGCACCUGUCUCCAACUACAUCAUGCUGGCUGACAGUGAGAGGACCAAAGCCUUCGAAGAAGAUCUCACUACCUACAAGGCCAUAGAGAAGAUCUUGAGGAACAAGUGCUCCAAGUCAGUUGAAGUGAGUGAGUUUGAAGUGGAGCAGGUGCUGGACGAUGACAACAUCCUCCCACCUUACGUGCUUCGAUCGGAGGACGGAGGUCCACGGGUCACCAUCAACACAGCCAUCGGACACAUUAACAGGUAUUGUGCUCGGCUGCCCAGUGACCCAUUCACCCACUUAGCUCCUAAGUGUAAAACUGCAGAGAGACUGGGUGAACACUUCCAGUCCACACUCUACUUACCCAUCAACUCCCCUCUGAGGGUUCCUGUUAAGGGCCCUUUAAUGAACUGUGCCAGACUGGCAGAGAAAGCAGUUGCACUAGUAUGUUGUGAGAAACUCCACAAAAUAGGUGAGCUGGAUGAUCACCUGAUGCCCGUGGGAAAGGAGACAGUAAAGUAUGAGGAGGAGCUGGACCUCCAUGAUGAGGAGGAGACCAGUGUACCAGGGCGGCCCGGCUCGACUAAGAGGAGGCAGUGCUACCCUAAAGCCAUACCAGAGUGUCUGCGGGACAGUUACGCUGUUCCGGAGCAGACUUACUACCUAUAUGUGAUUGGGAUGGUCCUCACCACCCCUCUCCCUGAUGAACUCAACUUCCGCAGAAGGAAGCUUUACCCGCCGGAGGACACCACCAGGUGCUUCGGUGUCCUGACUGCCAAACCCAUACCUCGAAUCCCCCAUUUCCCGGUGUACACUCGAUCUGGUGAGGUGACCAUCUCCAUCGAGCUGCAAAAGUCCGGCUUCACGCUUACAACCUCCCAGCUCGACCUCAUCACCCGCCUGCACCAGUAUAUCUUUUCCCAUAUCCUCCGCCUGGAGAAACCUGCACUGGAGUUUAAGCCCACGCUGGCUGACUCGGCUUACUGCGUUCUACCUCUGAAUGUUGUUGGGGACUGUAACACACUAGAUAUGGACUUUAAGUUCAUGGAGGACAUUGAGAAGUCUGAGGCUCGUACUGGCAUUCCUACCACCCAGUACACCAAGCAGAACCCUUUCACCUUCAAGCUGGAGGACUACCAGGAUGCUGUCAUCAUUCCACGGUAUCGUAACUUUGAUCAGCCUCAUCGCUUCUAUGUUGCUGAUGUGUACACAGACCUGACGCCCCUCAGUAAGUUUCCUUCACCAGAGUACGAGACAUUUGCCGAGUACUACAAAACCAAGUACAACCUGGACCUGUCCAACCUGAACCAGCCGCUCCUGGAUGUAGACCACACCUCCUCCAGACUGAACCUUUUAACCCCUCGCCACCUGAACCAGAAGGGCAAGGCCCUGCCACUCAGCAGUGCCGAGAAGAGGAAGGCCAAGUGGGAGAGUCUGCAGAACAAACAGAUCCUGGUUCCAGAGCUGUGUGCCAUCCACCCCAUCCCUGCCUCGCUGUGGAGGAAAGCAGUGUGUCUGCCCAGCAUCCUCUACCGCCUCCACUGCCUCCUGACGGCUGAGGAGCUCAGAGCCCAGACAGCCAGUGAAGCUGGAGUGGGAUCCCAGACCCUCCCCCCUGACUUCAGGUAUCCAAACCUGGACUUUGGCUGGAAGAGAUCUAUCGACAGCAAAACGUUCAUCUCCUGUUCUGACUCCUGCAGCGAGGAUGAUGAUGGUCACUGUAAGCACCAAGAGACUGUAACCCCUGACCCCGACCCCCUAACACAUCCCAGUGAUCACCACUCUUCCCUGCCCGAGCAGAGGCCCCCGGUGGCCCCUGAGCCCGGAGAAGCCACAUGCACAAGGAACCUAACCAACGGCACUGCCCAGGUCACCAACUGUGAUGACGACGGUCACCGAGACGACGAGCACCUUCACCAACAUAAUUGCCAACGCUCCCAGCCCAGCUCCCCUGGGCUGCAGAGUCCUGAAUCAAUACAAACCACUACCUCAGUUCCUGUGCAGCCCUCUCACAGCUUGAAGAAGCCCAGCUCCAGUCCUCCACAGCCUAGUGAUGAAUGUACGCCAGGGAGGACCUCAGACCACGCAAUUAAAGCUACCUCAGUCUGCAGCCGGGCAGCCAUGGCUCCCAAUGCUCCCACAGCACCUUCUCCUGAUCCCACAGCCCAGGCAGGAGACUCCCCCAAAAGCCUGGGGCCCAACCCGGGCCUCAUCCUACAGGCCUUGACCCUAUCCAACGCCAGCGACGGCUUCAACCUCGAGCGUCUGGAGAUGCUGGGGGACUCUUUCCUCAAGCACGCCAUCACCACGUACCUGUUCUGUACCUACCCCGACGCUCACGAGGGUCGACUUAGCUACAUGCGCAGCAAGAAGGUGAGCAACUGUAACUUGUACCGUCUGGGGAAGAAGAAAGGGCUCCCCAGCAGGAUGGUGGUGUCCAUCUUUGACCCCCCUGUUAACUGGCUGCCUCCUGGCUAUGUGGUCAACCAGGACAAGAGCAACACAGACAAACUGGAUUCAGAGGAGGCCAAAGAGGAGCUUCUGGCCAACGGGCAGUCUGGGAAUGAGUACGAUGAGGAUGAUGAGGAGGUUGAGGAGGUGGAUGAGGAAGGUGAGCUCAUGUUGAAGGAUGAACCAAAGGAUGAAGUCAACAUGGAGGACGAUCUGGAAUAUUACAAGGAGCACAUUAAGUUCAUUGACAACAUGUUGUUGGGAUCUGGUGCGUUUGGGAAGAAGAUCUCUCUGAGCAGCUUCCCUCCCUCUCUCACCCCGGCCUCUGGCUCCUCCCCUGCCAUGGAGUCUCCGUACGAGUGGAAGGCCCCCAAGAAGCCCCUCCACCCCACCACGGCCCACUACCCCUCAGAGCCGGUGGCCAGCGUGCCCUCCGUUGAGGAGUUUGACUACAGCUCGUGGGACGCCAUGUGCUACCUGGAUCCCAGCAAGGCCGGAGACGAGGACGAUUUCGUGGUGGGCUUUUGGAAUCCGUCUGAGGAGAACUGCGGCGCAGAGCUUGGCAAGCAGUCAAUCUCGUACGACCUGCACACGGAGCAGUGCAUAGCCGACAAGAGCAUCGCCGACUGCGUGGAGGCCCUGCUGGGCUGCUACCUGACCAGCUGUGGAGAGAGAGCAGCCCAGAUGUUUCUCUGCUCGCUGGGCCUCAAGGUGUUACCAUUGGAGAAAGGGACCCUGACAGGAGCAGUGGUGCUGAGCUGUCAGAACACAGCCGUGGACCUGUGCUACGGCUGGCUGAAGAUCCCCCCACGCUGCUUGCUGGCCCAUCCAGAUGCAGAGCGGACUCUCAACCACCUCAUCUCCGGCUUCGAGAACUUUGAAAGCAAGAUAAACUACACCUUUCAGAACAAGGCUUACCUUCUGCAAGCCUUCACCCACGCUUCUUACCAUUACAACACCAUUACAGAUUGUUACCAGCGGCUGGAGUUCCUUGGUGAUGCAAUUCUAGACUACCUCAUAACAAAGCACCUUUAUGAAGACCCACGGCAGCACUCACCCGGCGUGCUGACUGACCUGCGCUCAGCACUCGUCAACAACACCAUCUUUGCCUCUCUGGCUGUUAAGUACGACUACCACAAGUACUUCAAGGCCAUCUCACCUGAGCUUUUCCACGUCAUCGACGACUUUGUGCAGUUUCAGCUGGAGAAGAACGAGAUGCAAGGCAUGGACUCCGAGCUGCGACGCUCUGAAGAAGAUGAAGAGAAGGAGGAGGACAUUGAGGUCCCCAAGGCCAUGGGGGACAUCUUUGAGUCGCUAGCCGGAGCAAUUUACAUGGACAGCAGGAUGUCAUUGGAGACGGUGUGGCAAGUGUAUUAUCCAAUGAUGAGGCCACUUAUAGAGAAAUUCUCUGCCAAUGUGCCACGCUCUCCUGUGAGGGAGCUGCUGGAGAUGGAACCAGAAACUGCCAAGUUCAGCCCUGCAGAGAGGACGUACGACGGGAAGGUGCGGGUGACGGUGGAGGUGGUCGGUAAGGGCAAGUUUAAAGGAGUGGGCCGCAGCUACCGGAUCGCUAAGUCAGCGGCAGCACGAAGAGCUCUGCGCAGCCUCAAAGCCAAUCAACCUCAGGUCCAAAACAACUGAGCUCCUCCUCUGAGCUCUCAGCAUUAGCACCUAAGCUACUGACGCUAACAGAGAAAGCAACAUCAGCUUCCCGACACAGCGCGACGCUCGCCCUGCCUCUUCACAACCAGGGCAGCCAGGGAACACUGUGUGGAGACGCAACAAAAGAAGCAGACUGAUCUCACAACAGAUUUCACAUCAGAUCUUUUUCCCUUUUUUUUUGUUUUUUUUUUUCCUUUGCGCAAACACAAUCUUUGCUUUCCCUCUCUGCUUUGUGUAAUCACAUGAGUGCUUUAUUAACGUUUAGCAAAGUGUUUAAAAAAAGGUCAGGUCGCAAUGUCUAUUCCUCACCGUUUGUUUUUUCGUUAAUCGCUAUGUCAAUGAGAUGAGGCUUUGCUUAUUGUGUAGUAUUAGAGUGUACAUAGUUCAAUCAAAGGUGUAAAUCAAAGUAUGUAGGAAGAAAAAAAACAAACGCUAAACUCCUCAGCCUGUGCACUAGUGCCAGUCAGUUUUAAAGCGGUUUUUAAAACGCUAACGGCAGACGUGGCUAACAGAACCACUGGAGCCCAACCUGGUGGCACUUCUGUCUGAAAUCUGUCUUGAAAUGGUAUUCUUAAAUCAUUUUUGCACUUAUUCCAUUAGGGUCUGUUACUUUGAGAAUUGUGUGUUCACAUCGACACCAAAAUCAUAAACGUAGCAAAGUAUAUAAAUAUAUAUAAAAAUAAUAAGAGACAUGAAUGAUAUUCUUGGCCUUAGAUGCUAAGGCUCACCCUCAUAUCCUGCAAAACGGAUAGGAAUUUCAACAUUCCCAGUUACUGUAAUUUAAACUAGUUUUUAACCGCACUUGAGGUUGCAUGUUCUUGUAGUUUAUGUAUAAAAACCAUGACAACUGGAUUGCUUCUAUAAAUGUUCUAAAUCUAUGGAUAUAUCAAGAAUGUGUGAGAGCGAGAUUAGAUGUUAACGGCAUUAUCUUGAUGAUUUGGUUUAACAUGUUUUGAUACCAAGAAUGGAUGGAAAUUGAAUUAGUCAUUUUUGCGCACUAAAUGUCUUUCCACAGAUCGAAUCAUCCAGUUUUGAUAUAAGAAGAGAAAGACAUAUCACACGUUCAAUAUGCUGCAGACUUUUUUACAUUGGAUACUCGUGUAAGGCUCAGAAUCUUUUCAAAUACAGUCUUUGUGAAAAAGGCCAAUUCAUUUCAACACACUAGUGUUCCUCACAUCCCGUACCUACCAAAGCUAUAACAGAUGUGACACUAUGAGGUUGAAGUCAAUUCCUAUGAAUAAGGAUACCAGCCUUUUUGUUUUGUUUUGUUUUUGUGGCUUCUGUUCAGACAAAUUUUGCUUUUUCGCUAAAUGUCCUUUUUUUUUCUCAUCAAUAAGCCCUUUUUUUCACUUGAAUACCUCAGUUAAUUGCAUGCAUUUUCUUGUCUUUAUAUAUUUUUUCUUUUUUUUUUGUUUGGUGCUAUGUUUUGUAUUAAGCUUGAACUUCUCAUCUUUUUGCACUGUAACUAUAAUACCUCUUUAUUUGACCUUUUUUUUUUUUUAAUUUUGGAAAUCUGUUUGAUUUGCUUGUCCCGUUCGUCAGCCGUCAAGCUGCAGAGGAGAGCUGCGUCUCAUACCCGAGGUUGACACUGGGGGGAAGAAAAUGUAUUCUCCGCACAUAAGCCUCACCUUUAUCCCUCAUUCACUAGCUAUUAAUUUCAUCGGUUGAAAAUCAGUUUUUUUUUUUAAUUCUGGGUAAAGACAAACGGAGAAUUGGUUGUUCAGAUGGGUGAAUGGUUGCAGAAGUAAUCAGAUUGCACUCUUAAACUUUGGAAAAUACUUGACUUAUUUCUUCAAAGCUGUCUUCAUAAAUAAGGGUUGGAAGACAUGCACCUGUGUGGUUUCUGAACUGUUAAUAUUACUAUCUAAAAAUCUAUAAUCCCGCCCACAGGUGCUUCUACCUCAAAAGACACUCUUCAGUCUUCAUUUCAGGACAAGACUGCAAUUCAGUUCAGUGUCUGUUACCGUGACAACAUCUUCAUCUAUGUCUCAUAUACAGUUACAACACAUCUGUUUUACUGAGUGGACAUUCCUUCACAGUCAUUUGUGUGGAAUAGAACAAAUACUCCUUCUCUGUGGGGGAUCAGUGUCAGCAUAGACUAGAUUUAAAUUUAAAAAAUCCAAAUUUGAGUUGUAGAUUGAAAUAGGGCUGGGCGAUAUGGACCAAAAGACAUAUCCCGAUAUAUUUAGGCUAAAUAUCAAUAUACGAUAUAUAUCCCGAUAUUUUUAUCGCAAAGUGAGAGCAAAUGUUCAGUCAUAGUGAUACAAGUAGUUUUAUUGAAACCGUUUAUUUAAGUGAACAUAAACUCUGGGAGUCCAGCAGGUACCUACAGAGCAUAACAUAACCUGAAGAGGGGCCUUGAGGGGACACCUGCCUUCUCCUCAGGGCCCUGUGUGAUACAGGUGACCUGAAUGAAAUCUACGUUUUAAGGUCUCAAACAUUUCUGAUUCUAUUGUGCAGGUUUCACUAACAGCUUUCUGCUCCUUUAAAAGGUUUUCUCUGCCACGUGGCUUCAGCAUUACUGCUAACAGGGUUAACUGUUGAUAUGGUCAUGAAAUGCACACUGCAAAAAAGGUGUCUAAAAACAGUAAAUCUGAGGGAAAUUAUCUUGUUGCAUGGACAGAUAAUUUCACUUGACAAGAUUUCUUGAAUUAAGAUUAUUAAAUCUAUACAUAAGCAUGUUGAACACUUAAAAUGAGAAAAUAACUCUUCUAACACUUCUAAAUCUAAAUUUGUUUAUUUUUUUGGUAAGAAACAAUUUGCAGUGCAAUCUGCUCGGGCCACUUGAUAAGCUGGCUUGUGUGUUUUUAUGUCUUUUUUGGUAAUUUUUUGUCUUUUGUUUCUUUUUUUGGUCUUUUUUUAAUUUCUUUUUUGUCUUCUUUUUGUCUUUUUUGUGUCUUUGUUUGUCUUUUUUUGGUCAUUUUGUGUCUUUUUACACCUUCUUUUGGUCACAAAAUGACCAAAAAAGACAAAAAAUGUACAAAAGAAAUAAAAUUUAAGCUGCAAGCAGCAAUGAACUUUAGAUUUAGAAGUGUUAGAUAAUUCAUUUCUUAUUUUAAGCGUUCAACAUGCUUAUUUCUAGAUUUAACAAUCUUAAUUUAAGAAAUCUUGUCAAGUGAAAUUAUCUGUCCAUGCAGCAAGAUCAUUUCCCUCAGAUUUAGUGUUUUUAUCCUGUUUUAGACGCCUUUUUUGCAGUGUGGGACUGAUCAUCACAUCUCACUGGGUGUCGGACAGAAAACUGAAUUUGUAAAAUCAUUCAGUUCUCAUGUUUAAAUUCAAUGUGACCUUAUUACAUCUUUCUGCAAUCAGUUAAAAAGAGUGCAAUCUGUCAUUAUUUCUCAAGUCUACCUUUGUAGAGUAAAUCCAUAAAUGCAUUCUAUUUUCUUAUAGAUCUGAAGUGUAUCUGGUCCUCCACACACACACACACACACACACACACACACACAGCCAUUUAGACUUUCCACCGGUUCAACACUAAUUAUCUGUAAAUUGGCGGAGGGACAGGUGAAGGGGGCGGGGUUACUAAAAAAGAAUGUGAAAUCACUCAUACGGUGCCACACCCACUUUAUUUUUUGUCUGUGACUGAUGAAAAUAAGGAUCACAAUCUUUUCAGCCACCAGUGGCAUCAAUAUCCAACAUGUUUGUUUUGUUUUCUUUCUUUUUUUUUUGAGGAUGGAGGUGUGUGUGGGAGUGCUGAAGUUGAGGUAGUCCUGCGUUAUUCAUAGCGGACUACGUUUUCUCGUACUGGCAAUUUUAAAAAAUUUUCUUUUUAUACAUGUAGCACAAUUGAGCAUUGCACUUGGGCGCCAUACUUUACCUCAUGUCAGAGUGUGAAAGGGAGAGUAAGAUGGAGGGGAAAAAGAAGUGUAUAUAUGAUGCCGUAAUGUUAAGAGGAGUAACUUGUGGUUCAGGCUUUGCUGCUGUUUCAAUUGCUGGUGUUACACAAGCCUAUUUAAAGAGAGAAUAAGGGGCUAUGGGAGGGGAGACUAAAUGUGCCUGCAGGUUAUCAUCCGACAAAAACACUGUAAAGAAUUUCAUUUGGGGCUAAAAUGUCUGGAUGUCAUGUAUGCUGAUGUCCUGCCUUAAUGAACUGUUUGGGAAUGAAUUGUAAGUCAAACUAGCACGUCCAAUCAUGACUUGAAUGAUGAUCUGACACUAUUGUUAAUUCUUCUUAAUUCUCUCCUGACUACUUCAUAUGGACAUAUGUCAUCCAAGCCUCUUUUCUACUCCUGUGGUGUGUUAGUUUGGGGUAAAGACAAACCUCCCCCAGCCCUUUAUCUACUACUUAAAGGAAAAAUCCACUCAGUGUUGCUUCUGUACUUUUGGAUAAAUCAAAUGUCAGAAUGUGAUCAUUUGUUGUAGCAAUGUUCACACUGGUCUUUGACAUGCCUCGUCAAUAUAUAUAUAUACAUAUAUAUAUAUAUACAUAUAUACACACACCAGUUAUUGAUUCCUGGGAACUAGGGCUGUCACUAAAGAAAAAUUGAAAUACUGUACUUAUGUUAACCCCAAAUUAUGAAAUCAGUUGUUAAGUCAAUGUUCAAAACAAAAUGUUUUUGUAAACCUUUAAUAAUAUCUUGUGUUUUAUGAAGUUUGAAUGUUUUACUGUAAACUCUUAGUCUGAAAGAAGCUCCAGCUGUCAGAUAAAGGUAGUGCAGUGAGAGGCACACUGUUUCCCUCAGAGGUUAGAGAAACAAGUCACUGCUUUAUGUGCUAAUUCAAUGUUUUUUUCUAUUUUCAAUUUCACAUCGACUAUAAAAGGCAAGGCCAAUUUAUUUUAUUAUUUAUAUCGCACUUUUAACCCUUUAAUGCACAACAUAUUGACACCCCUUCUAGCACUCAACAUGGGUCAUUUCCCAUGUUAUUUAAUGCUGCUGUGUGUUUCUGUUUAUAUUAUGAUUGAAUAUUCCAAGUAUUCUUUAAAUAUCUUGUUUUUGAUAACAACAGAUCGUUAUUUCAAUUUUGCCUCUCAUAUUUUAUGAAGAAAAAAAGUUUUUGUAUUAUUACAUAGCUAAAUCCUUGGCUAAGUAGAUUACUAUGCUAACUACUUAGCCAAGAAGUUAGCUAUGUAGUUAGCUUAGCUAAAUACUUAGCCAAGAAGUUAGCUAUGUAGUUAGCUUAGCUAAAUACUUAGCCAAGAAGUCAGCUAUGUACUUAGCUUAGCAAGCUACUUAGCCAAGAAGUUAACUAAGUAGUUAGCUUAGCAAGAUACUUAGCCAAGAAGUUAGCUAAGUCGUUAGCUUAGCAAGCUACUUAGCCAAGAAGUUAGCUAAGUCGUUAGCUUAGCAAGCUACUUAGUGACACAAAAAGGGAUUUUAUUAAAAAAUGAAUUAGGAAAACAUAAAAUAAGGAUGUAUGAAGAUCAAAAACAAACUAAUUGAGGAAAACCUGGAAUACUGAAUGAUGAAAAUUAUUUAUUGCAAAAAUAUAGAAUAUAAAAACUGUCGGGUCACUUUAGACCCAAGUUGUGCAUCAAAGGGUUAAUUCCUAAAGGCAAGCCAGACUUAUAAGAGACUUUUCCUGUUCAUACACAGUCAUGACACAUCUUUUUUUCUUUUUUUAAAUUAUUCAAGAGCUGAUCAGGGACUGUAAUGUCUUGAGUCCUGGGAGACAGUGAUGCAUAAGACUGUCCCAGGUCAGGGCUAACAACUUCUAACAGCGGGUUGCACCUGUGAAACUUCAGGUUAAAGUUCCCAACUGUAUUGUUGUUUCAGGGUGGAUUUUUUCUUUAAGCUGAAUGGUCAAGUGUGAUAAAUGUUAACAGAGCUGAAAUGUCUUUGAUAAACUGUCAGUGGGGUGGGGAGGGAGGAUCUUAGUCUCAUAAAGCCAGCGUAGAGCGCCAACAGGGACUGUUUGGGGGUUGGGUUGUGUUUUUGGGGGCGGGGCAUGGUCACCAAGCAGCAGAACACCAGCAGAGUGGAGCUAAACGGAUGGAGUGAUGAACUGCUCAGUAUGGGAAAUGAUGGGCCAUCACAACCUGCAGCAAAUGUUUAAGGGACAUUGGAAUAAAAAUUGAACUCCUCACUCAUACUGUAUACCGUGCUGCAGUGGUUUGCGGUCUGCACCUUAUGGAUCAUAAAUACCUUUAAUUUUGAUUGUUUGGAUUUUUUUUUCUUUUUAUAAUUGUAGCCCAGUAUAUCUACAAUAAAAGUAAUGGUAUGGUCAUUCA